UGUACAAAACACGCCGGACAACUAAGGGUACCAUCGGCGUCAAUCGGCCGGCCGCGAAGUCGGUGUUCCCCCCCGGUGCGGUACUCGGCCGAAACGAUACGCGUACGAAACGGUACCGAGAACCGCGAGUCGCAUGCCGUUGAUGCUAUAUAAAUAAUACUUCGCGCUAAGACUGAGACCAGUCGACUUGCAGCGGCCGUACCUGCCACGACACGGCAAUGAAACACACCUUCAGAGAUUAGUCUCGCACCGUUGCUCGACUUUCUGUUUUCCUUUUUCUCCGUUACUUUUCUUCUUUAUUCCUCCUCUUCAUUCUUCUCUUCACUGUUCCCUUUCUCCCUUCUCUCUCUCUCUCUCUCUCUCUCUCUCUCUCUCUCUCUCUCUCUCUCUCUCUCUCUCACAUACUGUCUCUCUUCGCUCGUCCUCACCUCCGCAAUUUCUUCUUCCGCCUGACCUUACUUGUCCAACCUUUUCUUUGCUCUUCACGUGUACUCUCUUCCUCCACCUCUCGUUUCGCUCGACACCUUCACUUCCUGCCGCGCUAUCAUAUGCGAGGACUCAUCGGCGACCUGAAACUCGGUAGUACCCAGUGAUUCCUCCAGGAUGUCGCACGACAAUCUGGGAUUUACAUCGAGCACGGAUGCUCUCCAAGACCCGAAAAAAGCUUCGUCCAAAGAAUACCAAAAUGAUCACGAUUCGAAGAGUCCCUACAUCCUGGAAAUGGAGGAAAAGAAGAAAAAUACGCACGAGCAGAACGCCGAUUACGAUCCGUAUAAUUACAGAGUAGUGGAGCAUCCGACCACCGACGCGGAGACGAUGCUGCACCUGCUGAAGGGCAGCCUGGGCACGGGGAUCCUCGCGAUGCCGAGGGCCUUCUUCAACGCGGGCUACGUCAUAGGCUUGAUCGCCACGUUCGUCAUAGGACUAUUCUGCACAUACUGCAUGCGAAUCCUCGUCCAGUCGGAAUACGAGCUGUGCAAGAGGCGGCGGGUGCCGUCCAUGUCGUAUCCAGCGACCGCGGAAGCCGCGCUGGAGGAAGGACCGAUGUGGCUCAGGCCGUUCUCCAGAGCCUCCAUCCACAUAAUAAACGCCUUCCUGAUGAUAUAUCAGAUGGGCACUUGCUGCGUCUACGUGGUAUUCAUCGCCAGCAAUCUGCACCUGGCGCUGAAAACGUGGAUCGACCUGGACCUGAAGGUGUACAUGGCGAUUAUCUUGUUACCCUUAAUCCUCGUUAAUUACAUCAGGAAUCUGAAAUUCCUGGCGCCGUUCUCGACGCUCGCGAACAUCCUCAUGUUUACCGGAUUUGCCAUCAUACUUUACUACAUCUUCCGGGAACCCUUGACGUUCGAGGGCCGCGCGUCGGUCGGGGCGAUCGAGAAUUUCCCGCUCUUCUUCGGCACUGUCCUCUUCGCCCUCGAGUCCAUCGGCGUGAUCAUGCCGUUGGAGAACGAGAUGAAGACACCGAAAUCGUUCAUGAGGCCCUUCGGCGUCCUCAACAUUGCCAUGAUUAUCAUAAUAGUGCUGUACGCCGGCAUGGGAUUCUUCGGAUACGUGCGCUACGGCAGCUUAAUCAAGGGCAGCAUCACGCUCAGCUUGCCCACCCAGGAGAAGCUGGGCAAGGCGGUGCAGAUUCUCCUGGCCAUUGCCAUCUUCUUCACUCAUCCCAUUCAGUGUUACGUCGCCAUCGACAUCGCGUGGAACGAAUAUAUCAGCCCGGUGAUCGACAAGUAUCGCUUCAAGCUACUCUGGGAAUACGUAGUCAGAACCAUCGUGAUUCUGCUCACCUUCGUGCUGGCGGUCACGAUACCAGAGCUGGAUCUCUUCAUCUCGCUGUUCGGCGCAUUCUGCCUGUCGGGUUUGGGCCUUGCAUUCCCGGCGAUCAUACAGAUAUGCGCCUUUUGGAAGAUCGUGGGACCUCGAGAGAAGAAGAUCAUGCUAGCGAAGAACAUAUGUCUAGUGCUGAUCGGAGCGUUGGGCCUGAUCGUGGGCACCUACACGAGUCUCCGCGACAUUGUGAAGAAGUUCUCGUAGUGACGGCGAUUCGCAAUCGCGCGAGGGACCAUGCAAUAAUAUUGCAGUCGCAAGAGAACGAAGUGUAGUAAGGCGGCGGUGGGAAGAAGUCGUUCUCCGAGCGCGAGACGAACGAUGAUAAUGUGAUACGUAGUUUGAAGUUCAUCACUCGCUAAGAGUAAAUGGUACCUUAAAAUAGAACGCGCAUUUAGAGGCUUUAGCCGUGCGACCGAAAUAAUGUUAACUUCGUUGUACGGCACGCCGAUGUAUCGCAUACACACACACGCGCGCGCGUGCGCGCACAAUACACACACACACACACACACACACACACACACAGAGAGAGAGACCUUCGAAUACACAUUCGUGCACGCAUUUCGGUCGCAAUUCGCCGAGGGAGAAAGAUGAAGUUCCUAAGUGCACUUUUGCGGUUUUACGCGCGUUCAUACACAAGACUGCGUGGAGGUGGACUGUUAUGACGCGACGGGACCCGAGACGCGCGUGUUUGGCGCGUCACGUGCAACCGGUAUGUAAAAAAGGCUUCGUUGUACAGAAAUAAAAGUAAUUUUAUUUUCA